AUGUCAACAUUAAACAUGGCGCCUGACGCAAACUACUGGGAAGAUCUGCGGAAACAAGCCAGGCAGUUAGAGAAUGAGCUGGACCUCAAACUGGUGUCUUUCAGUAAGCUGUGCACCAGCUACAGGAGCAGCACUUAUGACCAUCGACAAAGUGACAGCAGGUCAGGUUCUGUGGGCUCUUCUCAAGACAAUGUGUUGGCAGCUAUGACUACAGAGUUGGAACACCUCCUGACCAAUUUAACAGUGGUGAAUGACAGGAUGGCAGAAUAUGCAAAUACCCCAGGAGCUUCUACACCAAAUGCUGCAUUGAUGCAUACCUUACAGAGGCACAGAGACAUUUUACAGGAUUAUACCCAUGAGUUUCACAAAACCAAAGGUAAUUUCCACAGCCUGCGAGAGAGGGAGGACCUGCUGGGCUCGGUUCGCAGAGACAUAGAGUCCUAUAAGAGCGGGUCUGGUGUGAACAACAGAAGGUCUGAGCUCCUUCUGAAGGAGCAUGAACAUCUGAGAAGCUCGGAUAGUCUCAUUGACAACGCAAUAAGUAUCGCCAUGGCCACCAAAGAGAACAUUACAUUUCAGCGUGGGAUGCUGAAGUCCAUCCAGACCAGGGUUACAACCUUGGCCAAUAAUUUCCCAGCCAUCAACAGUCUCAUCCAGCGAAUCAACUUGCGCAAGAAGCGGGACUCGCUGAUUCUAGGUGGGGUGAUUGGGAUCUGCACCAUUCUCCUGUUGCUUUACACUUUCCGCUGAUUUGCAGACUCAUAGUACCACGCAACAGUUUAAGAAUGAGAACGAGAAAAAGAAAAUUUUGCAUUGGAAGAUUUUUUUUUUUUUGCACAAGUGAAAUCCCAACUACGGUGGGUGUGUUUCAAAUCACACAUUGGACCAAAGCAAAUCCUAUAUGAAGUGGAGUGUGUUUUGUUUUCUACAUGAAUGUUGGGAGAUUGAAGACAAUCACGAUUGUUUUAUGCUGAGAAUUAUAAAAAAUUGUGGGUCUUUGUAAUCGCUGCACACGCAGCAGCUACAUGUUAUGAUGUAAUUUUGUAAGUGAGUCUUCCCAAAUGUGUGAGGUGGCGGUGUUUAUUGAACCAUAUAAUGUUGAUGCCAUAUUAUUUUUAUAUAUAUUUGUGGCGUCUAAUACAAGAAUGAUGAUAAGAUCACGUUCA